UUUACCGCCCUAGACUCAGACCAGCGGCAGCAGAUAGAGCGAGUGUGCGUGCCAAAAAGAAUAGAGAGAUAUCAUCAGAAAAGAGAGACAUCAGAGAGAGGGAAAAAAAACUCAGAUUAGAGAGGAGAACACCACACCUCAGCCGAUUCUACUAGAUCCGACGUAGGUGCGAUGCCAAGCCACCAACGGAAGGGAUUGACCAGUGGAAGAGGAAGAAUGAGAUUAUGCAAAUUUGCGUGGCAGAGCUUAGAGAGAGAAGCGGUAUCAUAUGUGUUGUUAAUUUGUUGAUAUGUUGGGGGCAAAGUUUAAGUUUUCAGGCUGCCAUUUUUUUCCAAAAUAUUGGGGCUGAUGAAAGCAAGUACUCAGAGAGCUCUUGCCCUGUUGGACCAAUCCCUGAGCCUUACCAUGACGCAUGUAAAGCAAAUCCAAUGCCAUCUCACUGUUUCAGGCACCCUUUUGGAUCCUCAUGCCGCUACCAAGAUCAUCUCCUUCUGCGCAGUGUCCGACCAUGGAGACUUGAACCACGCCUAUCAACUUUUUCACCAUUUACCCAAUCCAUCGAAACUCAUUUGGAACACCAUGGUCAGAGCUUUUGCCGAGAAAAAUGAACCCAUUAAAGCUGUGUGUCUUUAUAAGAAUAUGCUUCACAUUGGCUUCUUGCCCAACAACUAUACUUUCUCUUUUCUCCUUAGAGCUUGCGCUCACCUCUCUGAUAUCUCAUUGGGUAAAAUUUUCCAUGCCCAAGUCGUCAGGCUUGGCUGGGAAUCAUAUGACUUUGUGCAGAACGGGUUGAUCCAUUUGUACGCGACUUGUGACUGCAUGGAAUCAGCUCGUAAGUUGUUUGAUACGAGUGUGAACCGGGAUGUCAUUACGUGGACUGCUUUGAUUAAUGGCUACGUAAAAUCGGGACUAGUUGUGGUUGCACGGGAACUGUUUGAUCAAAUGCCUGUGAAGAAUACUGUUUCUUGGAGUGCGAUGAUAACUGGUUAUGCACAAGUUGGUUUGUUCAAAGAGGCUUUGGAGCUCUUUAAUGAUAUGCAGGUUUCUGGGUUUCGGCCUAAUCAUGCUGGUAUUGUGGGUGCACUCACUGCGUGUGCUUUUCUUGGCGCAUUGGAUCAGGGAAGGUGGAUACAUGCAUAUGUGGAUAGAAAUGGGAUGGAAUUAGAUAGAGUGUUGGGCACUGCUCUUAUUGACAUGUACGCAAAAUGCGGGUGCAUUGAAACUGCUCGUAGUGUAUUUGAUGAGAUGCCGAAUAUGAAUAGAGAUGUUUAUGCGUUUACUUCUUUGAUUUCAGGCCUAGCAAAUCAUGGUCAGAGUGGUAGUGCGAUAGAGUUGUUUGUUAGGAUGAAGAAUGAAGGAGUUUUUCCUAAUGAAGUAACAUUUAUAUGUGUAUUAAGUGCAUGCAGUCGAAUGGGGUUGGUGGAUGAAGGUAUGAGAAUUUUCAAUAGCAUGAGUGAGGAGUACAGGAUGGAGCCAGGGGUCCAACACUAUGGCUGUUUGGUAGAUCUCUUAGGAAGAGCUGGGAUGCUAGAAGAGGCAAAGAAGGUGGUGAGAGAGAUGCCCAUGGAACCAGACUCCUAUGUUUUGGGUGCAUUGCUCAAUGCUUGUAGAGUUAAUGGAGAUGUUGAGUUGGGUAAAGAAACGGUUGAGCACUUGAUUCAUCAGAGUCUAGACCAUGGUGGGGUUCAUGUUCUUCUUUCCAACAUGUAUGCUUCUGCUAACCAAUGGGAUGGUGUCGCAAAGGUAAGAAAGGGAAUGGAAGAGAAAAGGGUACGGAAGCUUCCCGGGUGCAGCUUGAUUGAAGUAGAUGGUGUGGUUUUUGAAUUUGUAGCUGGAGAUAGGUCGCAUGCGCCUAUGGAGGAAAUCAUGUUAAUGUUGCUUGCAAUUGACACACACCUCAAGUUUUCUCAGCAUGAUGAUGACGAUGACAUUGACUGUGAUAAGAUAAAUGAAUAAAUCAACUUUGAUAUGAGAAUUGGUGUAUACACAGCUCACUUGCCAAUAAGGGGGAACUGGAGAGCAUGGUCUUCACUCCCUUAAUUUUCAAGGUGUUAGUUUGUAUCCCUGGAUGCGGCAGAGAAUGGACCCAAUGUUGCUUGGAAAUUAUCCUAAUCAGCAGUACGGGUACCAAGCCAUGUUGGCUGCUGGCAUGCAGAACCUAGGAAGUGCAGAUCUCCUAAGACAUCAAGUUAUGCAAUUUCAGCAGCCUUUACAGGGUCUUCAACAGCCAGGGAGCCAUACUUCACUCUUGCAGCAGCAGCAGCAGCAACAACAGCAACAAGAAGAAGAAGCAAUUCCUCUUAAUAUCCUGCAGGCACAAACCCAAGUUUUAUCAGAGAACAUGCCACAGCACCUUAUAUGGCAAUCACUUAACAACCAACAAGAGGAUCAGGCAUGGCAACAGCAACAUACCUAUCAGAAUACACUUCAUAUUCGAAGUGAUCAGCUGCAUCAGAGGCUGCAGUCAAAUGUGCCUUCUUCAUCCUUUGUGAAGGCAGACUUCAUGGAUCCAAGUACAAAGUUCUCAGCAUCCAUUAGCCCUAGACAAAACAUGGUCAGUUCACUUUGUCCUGAAGGG